CCGGAAUUCAUUGACACAAGAUUUAAAUUACCCACCAACCAGAAGGACUACGAUUAUCCAGUCCUCUGAAAUGCCACCAGAGUCCACAGAUGGCAUGACCACAGCCAACCAGCUCUCUGCAGCCCAACCAGAGUGUAUUGAUAUUGUGUCCACAGUGAACCAAACAUCUGACUCUUGUGACAACUAUGCCACCUACAUUUCAUUAAUGAGCUCCAUCUCUGACCUGUCUUCCGAUGAGGAAGAAUUAAAUCUGGCGAUAAUGGCCAGUCUUCAGAAUGAUGUGUAGGUCAUUUAGUAAUCUUGCAUAGCUUUAUUCUUUUCGGGAAUAUAUAAUAUUUGAAUUACUUUAAAUAAUUUUUACUAUUUCAAUCUCAAAAUAAAACCAUUUGGUUUCUCAGUUUGCAGACUGUGUUGUAACGGCACAUUAUAAAUAUAAAACAUAAUUUUUGAAGUUUUUCCAGGUAGUUUGCCUGUUCCAAACUGGAACUUUGUAAUCUUCAUGACUAAAAUUAAAAAAGUGAAAAACCAAGCUUUAAUUUUAGGUAAAUGCUGUGCAUAUCAGCCAAUACUCAUAACCUGCAUUUUGUCAUAUUAUGUUUUACAAUACACUAAAACCCAAAUUACAUCAAAAGCUGUUGGUACAAAAGCACAUAUGUCAGUUUCACAUUGUAAUAGUGACAUAAUGUACUUAUGUUGUUGAUAAACUUUUAAAUAGUGCUCUUGUCUUUAUUCUAACUCUCUCCCAUACUCUUCCUCACCGUAGGGUUUCAGAUGAUCCAAUUGCAAGAUCAGCUAAAGAGAUUCUUCUUGAACUUGCAUCUCAGAUUGAUGCUAGCCAAAGAUGUCGAUUUAAUAUUAACAGAUCUUCAGUACUGGAUGGAGCUCUGCGAGGCUUCAGACGACUGUCUUACAAUCCCAGGUACCAGAUGUGCAUCAAGUUUUCCGAUGAUUUAGGAUUACAUGAAGAGGCUGUGGAUCUAGGCGGUCCAAGAAGAGAGUUUUUGCAUUUGUUAAUGGAAGCCAUAGCACAGUCACCAAUGUUUGAAGGACGAGAUGGAAACCUGAACUUAGCUCUUGACAGUUCAGCUCUCCGAGAGGAUCGGUAUUUUAUUGCUGGGCAAGCCAUUGCUGUAAGUCUGGUUAACGGGGGUCCUCCACCAGGUUUCUUCUCCUCAGCUUUGUAUUCUCGACUCAUUGGUGGUAGCUCUGCUGUGAAGCCUGUGUUAAGUGACAUUGCUGAUAACGACCUCCAUGACAAGGUUCAAAAGAUGUCGGAGUGCACAUCUAUUGAAGAGCUCAUAAAGACCACUGAACCACUGCACGACUAUCUUGCAAAUUCAGGAUGUCUCAGGCAUCUCAAAACCAUCAAUGACAAAGAUCUCCUGGUUCAGGAUAUUCUCAUGUUUCAAGUAGUCCAUAGAGUGACUGGAGCAUUUGAAAGGUUUGUUUUAGUAGUCAUGUACACAUAUGUUGAUAAUUUGUUUUUAUAAAAGUUACAACCUUUAUUACUUUUGCUCUUUUAAGACUGCUAUAAAAGCAACUAAUCCACAUUUUUGCCCAGAAAGAUAUAUAUUUUUUUCAUAUGUAAUCUAUGUCAAAUUGUCCUUUUAUCCAAUUAGAAGACAAUUCAUAUUUUGAGAAAUUGUUUUUGGGGUCAACAUGAAUACACUAGUAGUAUGAUGCUAAGAUUUGCCUUAAAAGGAAAGUUAUUAUGCACAAAAAUGUCUUUUAGAGCUCUUUAGGUCAUGUUAUGUUACUCCUUUGCCAAAAACAUACCURGAAAGUUGCUUUAACUUUAUAAUGCAUAUUUGCAUAGUCCUUGAAUUUCCCAAAAGAACCAUCUGGCGGUAUGCAACCGCUUUAUCACACUAUAUGCUGUCUAUUUAACUAAAACUCCCUAUUGGAGUUGCAGUACCCAGCAAAGCUCCCACUCCACAGAAGCACCCCUUCACCACCCACCUACUCCAGACAAGCGAAAGCGACAAUAUUGCUUAGCAAAACUUGGUGGAACCACACUUCAGCUGAGCCGGUCAGAGUACCAGUUCCUGAAAGUACUACAAAAAACACUUGUAAAUGUGCAUGAGGUGACAGUGGUGAUACUGUUGGACCAUUUACUGGCUAGACAGCAAUUCUAAUU